UUGCUCCAACAAUGGGUAAGGGUGGAGGAUCCGGGUGGGGUCUCGGAAGAGGCUCGGGGAUGUACAGAGGGAAAAAUGAUCGUAUUGCAGUUCCAGCCAUGCCGCUACCGAUGGCGAUUUUCUGUUGUGUUCUGAACUUUCUUAUUCCAGGACUAGGUACCGCUAUUGCUGGUCUGAGUAUGUUCUGUUGUGCAAGAAAUGAAGCUAUGGAUGCCCUGGACAAGUUCUUCGGUUGUUGUGUUAACGCUGGUAUUGGGUGUCUUCAAAUGUUGACAGCUCUUUUCUGUUUAAUAGGCUGGGUGUGGAGCUGCGUUUGGGGAUAUUACUUUAUUUUUAGCAGUUCCGAGUAUUACAGCAACAAUAAGCCAAAAGACAGAGAUGGUGAACCGGAAGCUGUUAUUGUCCAUCAAGGAGGCCAGACUGGUAUUGUUGUUACUCAGCCACCAUCACUGCUAAGUCAUUUGCAGCAGGGAAACAGCCAAACCGGAACACAAGCGAUUAUACUACAACCCAUGACGACUACAUUGCCUCCUGCAUAUCCAGGAACCGAUGCAGCUUUUAAUAAUACUAUCUAUCCAACUAAAUAGACACGUCUAAAACUGGACAUAACUGCAUGUCUGAUAUAAUUUUAAAAUAACACAAAUAUACCUGCUUUUAAAAACCAAUGCGACGGAUUUCUCUUAUUAAAGUUUGCCAUUAUAUUCACUUUAUACAUGAUAUAUUAGAAGAGCCAGUAACGACAUACACUACUACUGUGUCCAACUAAACCUGCUACUUGAUAAACUCUGGAGCUGGAACUUCAGUACAAACAAAAAAUACUGUGAAUGUGACUGUUUUUCUUGCCAUUGUAACAAAAGUUCAGAACUUCAUCUCAAUGGCUUAAUACUGAGUGUGGUUGACAAAGAAAUAUAGAAAGGCAAAAUAAGUUUGUACAAAACGGGUAGUGGAAUGUGAAGCAUUUAAAGACCUGUGCAUUAAGAAUUUGUGGAGAUGACAGAAACUAUAAGCCAUGGCUUCAUAUUAAAGCCUUCAAUUAAAGGCAAUCUCUAUUAAAUACUUCUUGAAUUACAUUAUCAAUUUACUCCAUUCUAGUACAUUAUUUCAAAUCGUAUUUUUGUAGUUUUGUAACCUUAAACUUGACUAUGUACAUGUGUUAUUGUUAUACCACCAUUGCUGUCGUAUUGUCAUACUAAAUAUUACAUAAAUAAGCAUGUCCUCAUUCAAGGAUGCCGCUUUUUUUGUUUCGUUUUAGCAUCUUUACCAGUGGGUUUGUUUUCGUGUUUUUUCUUUGGUAGGAUAGGACUGAUUGCAGGAUGAACACCUAUGUAUAAUACUCCGAAAUUCUUCUACUAUCAAUAAAACUGUGACAAUAAAAUGGUCCCGGGUGAGCUCAAGUUA